AUGUCGUCAUCUUCAUCUGACGAAGUUUUCGAAGAAAGAUUUGACGAAGUUUUCGAAGAAAUCUUCGAAGAUACAUUCACCAACAGAGUCGAGGCCCAAACCAGUAACCAAAGGAGCCGUGCUUAUAUUGAACGAAACCGUGAAGGAGGACAAGACCGCUUAUGGAAUGACUACUUCAGCGAAGAUGCGACAUUCUCGUCACAAAUAUUCAGACGCCGCUUUCGCAUGAAUAAAGAUUUAUUCUUGCGUAUUGUCUAUGGGCUAUCCGAGAACUUUCCAUUCUUUCAGCAAAGAAGAUAUGCAACCGGGAGGUUCGGUCUUUCUGCACUACAAAAAUGUACGGAAGCAAUUCGUAUGCUUGCUUACGGUUCUGCGGCUGACACGGUUGACGAAUAUCACUGCACCUUCCUGUUUACAUAA